CCAAAAGAACCCGGAUGUAGACAGCUGGCUCCACAGGGGGCAGCAGCAGCACGGCCGUUAGCUCGUGUGUUUAGCAACAGUAUUGUAUCGACGCGUCUGGAGGGAUUGUAUCCAGGAUAAGCAGCGAGUCGGAGGGGACGGUGACGGGAACUGGCAGAGUAGAGAUGGAAGGGGAUGACUGCAGCUUUCCUCAAGACUCAUCCGAUGAUCACUCUCAAAGAGGAAGUGUCGCUUCUUCCGCAACACUUUCCCGGGCUCAAGAUGUGCUCGUAUACCUUUGUGGCGACAGCGCAGUCCACCUAUCUGUAGAAGGGCUUGGCAGCGUCACUGUGCAGGAGCUGGGUCGCAGUGUUCGUGAGGCUCUCCAUAUUCCUGAGUCGGCACAGGAUGCUUUUGCCUUCUGGUUAUGUUCUCCGCUGCUCGAUUUGCAGUUAAAGGUGAAGCAUCAACCGUACAAACUGUGUCGGCAGUGGCAGGACCUGCUGUACCGCUUCACUGAGGCCUCAGAGGAAGAUAUUUCGCAAGAUGAGCCGUGUCUCCAAUACAGACGCAAUGUAUUUUAUCAUAAAUCUAAAGAGUUCCAGAUUGAUGAUGAGGGAGUGCUGAAACUUCUGUACGAGGAGGCCAGGAGCAACAUCCUCACAGGUCGAUACCCUUGUGAUCCCGAGCACUGGAUGGGUCUUGGAGCCUUGUCUCUUGCUAUUGAUGAGGGAACUGGUCUGGAGAGCCAACAGUUGACUUCUAUUAUAAGAGAGAAGAAACUGUCCUCUUUUCUGCCUGCACAUGUUACCAUGGGGAGUGGGGGUUUGCUCUCCACUCUGCGGGGGAAGUCGAGUCGUCAGGCAGGGCUGGAGCAGAACCUGUUGGGGGAGUACAGAAAGAUCAGCGCAUCUGCUGGAAACCCUCCUGAGCCCACGCAGCUCCUGCACCAGUACCUCAACACAUGUCACACGCUGCCUUAUUACGGGUGCGCUUUCUUCUUGGGUGAGAUUGACAAACCAGGGCAAGGGAUCCUCCAAAGGGGAAAGCGCAAAGCUGUCAAUGUUGGAAUUUGUCUGGACGGGGUCUAUGUGAUGGACGUUAAAGAGAAGCAUGUACUGCUUGGCCUGCGUUUUAGUGAGCUCUCGUGGGACCACAGCUACCCCGAGGAGGAGGGGGACUCACACAUUCUGUGGCUGGAGUUUGAUGGAGAGGAGGACGGAACUCCAGUCAACAAGUUGCUAAAGAUCUACUCAAAACAAGCAGAGCUAAUGAGCGGCUUCAUUGAGUUCUGUGUAGAGCUGAAGUCUGCGUCUGAGGGAGGAGCUGCGGCUGAAACGGACGGCGAAGUGAGUCUGUCUCAGCAGCCAGCUGGACAAGAGGGCAGCAACAAGAACGGACGUGGAGGACGGCGUGGGAUGCUGCACAGGCAAAGCAGUGUCGUGUGCAGUCGGGUCCAUUCGCUUAACACUAUCAGCUACGUGGAUAAUGGAAAAGAAAUCAAACGCUUGAAACCGAAGAGAGCGGCGUCCUUCUUCACCCGUCAGCCGUCUGCUGCCACGUACUCUGCAGUGCAAGUGACGGAGAGUCUGGAGCAGGGUUAAACUCACUGGUCUGCCCCGUUCCCCUCUAAAGACCAAACGUGAACUUUUUACACUGAGAUUUAAAGUAAAGACUUGACAUGAGCUUGAGACAUUUAACUGAUAAUAUAUGAACAUGCAGAGGACCAAGCGAGGGAUCUAAGUGUGUGCGGCAAUAUUUAUCUUUGGAAGUUUUGUAUAUUAAGAGAGUAGAUCAGUGGGAAAAACAAAAAAGAUCUAUUAACAACUAUGCUUCCAAGGUUACACUGAAGUGGCUAUUCAGUAGAUGGAAAUAUUCACUGAGCAGUAUAUGAUGGACUCAUUCGUAGAGUCACCUAAGAGAGAUCUAAGAUGAUGACUGUACAAUAUCCCGUGAACUUUCCGCAGUACUGGUAUUUUUCAAAAAUGUUUAACCUCAAAUGAGUAUAAUCACUGCAUUACCUCUUUUUACUUCUUGGGGGUUGAACAAAAACAACAUCGCAAUAUAUCCUCUUAUAAAAUUAAACACCCUCCUCAGAAGUGUAAGAGUGAACACAAACUCUCCACAGUCAGCAGGACAAACACUAUCAGGGGCGUGUUCCCACUAUUCUGCUUUUUUAAACUGCCAGUGCCUUGUUCUAAUGAAAGGGUGAAACCACAAAAAGUACUGGUAUGAACGUUUAGUGCUUGCUGUUACAGAUCAUAAAAGGUCCAUAUGGGAGCAUAUUGGUUGUGUAUUGGAAGUUUCUUGUAAGUAUGUGUAUUUAAGAUUUUGAAAUAAUUAGCAUUGCGGAGAGAAGAAAAUGCAGGUGGCAGUUUCCAAAUGUCAAAAUGAUUUUUCAUUUGUCAAAGCAGAAUAAUGUGAAUUUGUUCUUGACAUGUAAAGAAACCGAAUCAAACGGGCAUUUUACAUUAUUUGGUUGUAGAAACCAAAAAUUGCAUGUCCACAGUAUCAUGUGCUCAUUGAGGAGCUUAGUGGUAGUUAGUUGAUUUGUCCCGACUGAAGAAUCAAAUCAGAAUCAAAAAUUACACCCAAAAUAUAAAGGGACAUAGUUAUAAGAACUAAAAUUGAUCUGAUGAAGUAGAAAUUACUAUCACUUGCUUGGUCAGACCUGAUAAGCAGAGUAAAACUGAUGCAAUGUCAUACUUGUGCAAUUUCUGACAUGAGAGAAGUUUUGGUUAACAAUUUAAAAUGAUUGCUUAACUCGCAAUCAUACUUUUAAUGAUAGAUUGUGAAACUAACAACAAUAACUCGUAAGGAAACAUGGUUCAUUUUAGUUAAUCAAUUAAAAAUCAAUUUUGAGUCUGUUCUGUGCACAUGGCACAGACAAACUGACCAAGAACUUUCAACUGUGUCGCUGAAAUCUCCGUCUGUACACCAAAGCAAGCCUUCUGAACAUGCUGCAACACAGUAUACUACCUGAACGCCCCAGGGACAGAUUUCAGUCUGGACCCCCGAGUUCCUUCGGGUAUAUCUCUGAACUUCACCCCAACCCUGAGUCGUACAUUUGACAAACGCGAUGGCCUCAUGAAUGGCCAUCACAGAAGUUAUACAUCUGUAUAACACUGCAAUAUGUCCUCAUGUCAGAUGCGGUGAAAUUUAGUCUUCUUCCUGAUUCUCCCGAGCAUGCAAACUGCAGAAUGUUUUUACAUUUCUACGCUUUUGACUUUAACAUCAGCUACUGCCUGUACCCGAAAUGCAUCAGUCCAAUAUAUUGUUGCUAAUGUACACUAUGCAUGUCACAUUGUAGAAUAGGCAUUCCGAAAGACUACACAUCAUGUGAUACUGCACUAUUAAUACUAAUACACUGUUUUUAAUCUUUUACAUCCGCAGAUUGUUUUGUAUUGUUUGUUAGCUUUUAUGAGAAUAUUUUUACUUUCCUUUUUCAUAUACUUCCCAGUGUUUGUACACUAAAAUGAAGAAAUAGGUCAUUUUAAGCAUUAUCUUCUUCAAGCAGAAACAUAAAGUGCCUUUUUGUUUAUACUAAGUUGGAAUCUGAAUGACUGUCUUUGGUGCAUGGAAACCAGGAAUUCUGAUAUUCAUAUGGUUUUAAAAAAUUGUGUUUUGUAAUGUUUUUUCCCCCUUUUUUCAACUAGACAAUGCAUUUCACCUUUCCUAGCUGAUGUGAGUAUAUUGAUAUAAUGGUUAACUACACUGGGCUGCUGUUGAACAGUGAAUGGUGGUUUUCUCAUUAAAAUGUGUCUGGUAUUAUUAUUAUUAUUAUCAUUUUUUAAUAAACAGAUGCAGAGUGGCCCUCUUUCUCAGAUAA